AAUAGUAUAUGGUUUCUAGACGGUCCUAGACGGUCCAGUAUAGAAGGAGUACAUAAGUUUUGAUAACCUGGUUAACUAUUUAACAUUAUUGAAAAGCAAAAUACAUUGAAAAUCUCCAAUGGUGCUGCCAUAAAGGGUAAUAAACGGACGCUCUACGUACGACAGAUUGUGAUGUGCGUCAAACAGAAAUUUAAUUGGAAAUAGACCAACAUCCAAUGAAAGUCAACCUAGAUUGAUCCUGGUCGUAAAUAUGUCCGAUCGUGCCUAUGAACAUAUAUUUUUUUAAUUUGGCCUAAUUUGACAUGACCCGCUGUCCCAUGCUCUACAUACCGGGGGUCACUUAAUUGAUGAUACAUCUGCAUGGGAUUUGUGUUAUGCUUCUACACACAAUGUUGGUCAGAUUCAAAGUUCUAACAACAAACCUGUCCAUUUUGAGUCAAUUGAAUUACCAUAGUUUAUGUUAAUUGACUUAAAGUUUCAUUCUGUUCAAAAUAGCCAUUCACAAGUGUACAUAUGGCCAUUUGUACGUAAAAAAAUCAAAUAGAAAUUAGAUAUUGAAUUAAAAAAUGCUUCAAAUGCUAGAACAACAGUGCACAAUGUAUAUGCGAUCUUCUUCGUCAGUUGAACAUGUCCAUAAUUUUUUCGUACAUAGAAAUGUAACCACGACUGUGUGCACGUCUUAGGAGAAUUUAUGAAAGACUUUUCAGCUUAAACAUACUGUAUGAUUAUUUGAAUGUAGCCUAACAAGACCAGUGAGUGAGUGGCAUUCGUUACUCAUGAAAACUAAAUGAUGGUUUCAAAUCAAUUAUUGGGUACUUUUACGAUACUAGCUAGCUUGAGCCCAAAUUUGACACUUGGCGGCUGAAAUCAUGUCAACAUACCAUACAAAAUCACGCGCAAAACUAGGCUCUGCAUUUCAGCCUGAAAAAUGUGUAAAGAAAUGCAGAUUCGUCGCGGGCGCGAUCAGCUUAACUCAUGACGGAUUAUAUGUGUUAGCUGAAUGAUGAACAUUGUGUCAUAAGAGGUUAAAAUCGACUUGUUUAAAAUUAAUAAAAGUAUCAUAACUCGUCAUAAAUAAGAAAAGGAACCACAAAAUUUUUAAAUGCAACUUUUUAUACACAAUUGCACAAUCACAUGAGGGCGUUUCCGUGGUACAGUCAUCAACUCGAACGACUGAAUAACAUGCCCGUCAUAGGUUCAAGCCCAGAAUGGACCGUCCCCCCGUAACAAGGAUUGACUAUCCGGCUAUGCGUUAAUGAAUUAAGUCUCGAAAGUCUGUAUAGGCCGGCAUGUCUGCGUAGGACGUUACGCUAAAUAGAAGAACUGUCACAUGGAUACAACUCCCCGGAUGAUGUUUAUUGUUCCACUGACAGGCUGAAAUUUCAGUUUGUUGUCUAAAAGAAAAAGAGAAGGCCCGAUUGUAGUAGGCUAUGCCUACACAGCAGAUUUGCCUCAGCAAAAUGUGUAUGACUUGAUAAAAUAGAUAGAGCAAGUAGACUUUUAUUUUAUCUCCGUUUGAACUGUAUCACCGAUUGUUUGACUUUUAUAUUCUGUCUAAAAUAUAUCAGACAACGUUUUAAAAUUUCCCAUUUUAGAAACAUGUUCGAUACUCACAAAGAUUAUCUAUAGAAUAAUAGCUUCAAAGGUUAAGAUCGUACUUGACAAUUCGCUUAGACAUUUUCAACAAAAAAGCAAAAGACAAACAACUAAGGCAGCGGUCUAAUCUUGUUGCGCGCAACAUUGUUGCUGGCAAAAUGUAUGGAUUUGAAAGCUUGUUGCCGGGCAAAUUCGCUAAAUUUUUAAUUUAAGCACUUUUUAAUACAUUUUUUAGUGUAUAUUUUAUUUUUUCAACACUUUAUUCAACAAGUGAAUGAAAAAAAAACUCUGAGCUGUUAAUUGGCAAUUUUUUGACGCUAAACAAUGUCAAAGCGAAAUGUUGCCAACAACAUUCUUAGACCACCUCAGCGAUAUGUUUCCGAGCAACAAUGUUGCGAGCAACAACAUUAGACCGCUGUCUAACUAAAAAUGCGUUGAGUGAGUGGCACCAUCAAUAGGCACGUCUCGCCAGUGGGAGUGACAAAAUGCUGACAAAUUUUUCAAAACAUGAGCUUUUGUAAAUAUUUCGUAACCUAAAAAUAAAGUUGACAAAAGCUGACAACAAGUGGCAAAAUUUGACAUUCACAAAAACAGUAUCUGGCGCAGUUGUGAUACAUUGCUAAGCAAAUAUUGCUGAAAUGCAUGUUUAUAAUUGAUUUUUGAUGCGGCCACGAGAAAAGCCCUUUUUUGCAGUUGAUAAGCUGUUUUGACAAAGUUGACAUUUUAUUUUCAACAUUUUGUCACUUCCGCGACGCCGCCCCUAAUUUGGUAGGCCACAGAACAUCAGAAUACUUUGCUACGGUGUGUACACUACAAUCUUUUCUCGUCCUGCUCGUUGCGUUAGGAGGUUAUUUACUAUUUUACAAAUUAAAUAAAACAUCUGCAUAGUCAUGUAGCGCAUCCGACCGUACUGCCUCCGCAAGCAAUCGGAAUCGUUUGGGGGAUGCUUAAACAGGGUACACAAAUGGUACGCGUGGCACUGGAACGUGCGAAUCAUUUCUCUUAAGAAUCAUCACUCUAGCCCUCGGUCUGUUGCGCUGUGCAAAUAGACGCGUCAUCUCGUGUUAGUGUCUGCUAUAAAUUAGACCCAGUGACAACUACCGGCCGUUGCGUAGUCGCUGUCCAGCAGGCAAACUGAUAAGUGUGUUCUCGCCUUUUUUGCAAAACAGUGAAAUCCCGUACACAGCGCUAGAAGCAAUGGGUGAACGCACCGAUACGAUCGCUGGGCUGCACGAUAUUGCCGUACCGGAGUACAUCGACGAACGGUUGGCUGCGAAAGCGCUCGUCAACGGGCUGGGCCUUCAAUCGGUGCGCAUUGUCGAGUGUAAAAUAACGCGCGCCACCGCCAACGGUGACAAUUACAUGAGUGAUGUGUUUCGGCUCGCAGUCCGUUACGUCGCCGAGCAGUCGGGCGACGAGCGCACCAUCUCGCUGGUGGUGAAAAGUCUUCCCGCGACCGGUCAACGCGGCCCCAUGAUCGAAGAAGUGCAGGCGUACACGAAAGAAGCGACCAUGUUCCGGGACGUGGUGCCCGCACUUUCCGAGCUGACCGGCGGCAUGUUCUUUGCCGCGCGCUGCUUCUACGCCUCCGACCUGCCUGAGCGGUUGCUGGUGUUUGAGGACCUGAAAGCGCUCGGCUACGUGACGGUAAACCGGCAGGCCGGGCUAGACUUUGAACACUGUGCGCUGGUGAUGCGCAAGAUCGGUCAGUUCCAUGCUGCGUCGAUGCGCUUUGCCGAGCAGCGAUUGGAGCUGCUCCAGCGCCAGUUUCACUUCAACAUGUUCAAUCCGGACCACGGUGAGGCGUCGGGACAGCUGCGUACCAUCUUCGAGAAGGGGCUGGAAGCGCUGAUUGCCGUCGCCAGGGAGCGGUGGGACGGGUUCGAUCAAACGAUCGUGCAAAAGCUGGAACGGCUGGCGCCGGUGUACAUCGAUCGGUUGCGCGCGUGUCUUGAGCAGGACUGUGAGGCGGACGGUGGCUACCGGGUGCUGAACCACGGUGAUCUGUGGUCGAACAAUAUGCUGUUUCGCUACGAUCCGACCGAACCGGCGACCGUGCAGGAUGUGGCGUUCGUCGAUCUGCAAAUCAGUUUCUACUCGAGCCCGGGCGUGGAUCUAAACUAUGUGCUUGCUACCUGUCCGAACUACGACACGCGGGCGCGGCUGGACGAGCUGAUCGAGCUGUACUACGCCUCGUUCCGGGACACGCUGGAGCAGCUGCAGUACACGGCCCGGCCCAUCCCGUCGCUCGCCGACGUACGGCGGGAGAUAAGGCGGAUGGAAUUUUAUGCCCUCGUGUCGGUCGUCUCCGUGCUGCCGAUCGUGGUGAUGGACCACACGGACGAGCUGGUGGCUAACUUUGAAAAUCUCAUCGACGGCAAGGAUGCAGCGAGAGCGCGCGACAUACAGUACAAUGGGGUGAACUAUCAGCGCAUCGUGCGUCCGAUGCUGAUUGAAUUCAAUCAGCGCAAGAUGCUAGACAUUUAGACAGACAAGGGGAACCGGCGUUCUUUGGUUGCUUUUGUUGUCAUGUGAUAAGAUCCCUUCAGCAGGUUGCAAAAGUGAGAUAGAAGCUCCGUCGUGGACAAUAUUAUCAAUUUAUAAGGUCCAAGGUCAUUGAUGGAGACAUAUAGUAUCUUUGUUUAGACGAUACUGUGGAGUUUUCGGUGGUCAAAAGUGCCAUAUUAUUGCAGUGUUUUGUUACAUGAUAACAGUAUUACUUGCUUUCAUGCAUCGCAACUGUCUUUUGUUCAGAAGAUUCCAGCGUUUCUCAAGUGAUAUCCACAUUAGAAGGAAAUAUUGCAAAUAUCAGUAAAAUACGUUUCAACGGUAUCUAUGGUAACGCUAAUGAUCUGUCAUCGAUUGCUUUGACAUUCAUUUGCAGAAGAAUAGAAAAUAGGUCGAAAUGGUCUUUUACUAGAGAAACACUUUGUAUUCACAAUGCAGUCAUGAGCUACACCAAAUAAAGUGACACAAUUUUUUUACCGAAAUCUCGUCAUCAUCAAUUCGAAAACACACAAUAGUUUUAUGUCCUCUAAGAACUACUGUACUGUCGUCACUGUAGUCUAGAAAGCGCAAGUACAUAAUCACUUGACUCCAUAUAAAAUGGACCAUAUAGGAUCAUGAUUUUCAAGAACCCUGUGCAUUUUUUCUCAGUUAUGAUAUUGGUCACAUUCAGUCCAAACGGCCAAUAACAU